GACCAUAGCCGCCGCAGCACCAGGUUCUUCUUCUUCUUCUCCAAUUCGUUCUUCUUUUCCUUCUUCUUUCUUUACCCUCCUUCUUCGUCACCUACCCUCGCCCUGCACCUCCUACUCCGCCGCGCCUGCGCCGCCCUGGCCGUGGUGACUGCUAGAAUAAAAUAAAUAAAUUUAAUGGACAAUCCGCCGGUUCUAAACUUAAACCGGUGGUUUGAACCGGAGGAUCCGAACAGAAUGGGCAACUCUUAGAUUUAGUCGAAUUCGAUAGGGUCGGAUCUAAAAUCGGGUCCGGGGCCGAUCCAAUUAUUAGGUACCGUUGCGAUAGCCGGCCCUAAUUUCUACGUCUUCUUCAGUCCAACGUCUUCUUCUUCAGUGGAAUCGCACGCAGCGGAAAAUGAUAACUGAAAUGGCUGCUUCUCUGCGUGUCAAUCCAUGGAAACCUCUGCCACUCUGUCCCAAAUUGACUGGCAGAAACGGCCGCCAGUUUUCCUGCAUACGCUCUUCUGCCGAUGUGCCAUCGGGGAAGAAAUACAAUGUCGUAGUCCUCCCCGGGGACGGAAUUGGUCCGGAAGUCAUUUCCGUUUCGAAGAAUGCGCUAAAGCUAGUUGCCUCCAUUGAAGGAUUUGCAAUUGAUUUCAAGGAGAUGCCGAUUGGUGGCUGCGCCUUGGAUUUGACCGGAGUGCCGUUGCCGGAGGAGACACUUUCUGCUGCAAAGAAUUCCGAUGCAGUUUUUCUAGGAGCCAUAGGAGGGUAUAAAUGGGAUAAUAUUGAGAAACAUCUUAAACCUGAGACAGGGCUUCUUCAGCUUCGAUCAGGCCUAAAAGCAUUUGCAAACUUGAGACCAGCUACUGUCUAUCCACAGUUAGUGGAUGCUUCGACCUUGAAGAAAGAAGUUGCAGAAGGUGUGGACUUAAUGGUUGUAAGGGAACUGACUGGAGGUAUUUACUUUGGUGAGCCGAGGGGUAUCAAAACGAAUGACAAUGGUGAGGAAAUUGGAUACAACACUGAGGUGUAUUCAACUAAAGAGAUUGAUCGCAUUGCUCGUGUUGCAUUUGAAACUGCUAGAAAACGACGGAGGAAAUUGUGUUCCGUUGACAAAGCUAAUGUUUUAGAGUCUUCUAUACUAUGGCGAAAGAGGGUAGAGCUCAUAGCCUUGGAAUAUCCCGAUAUCGAACUAUCACACAUGUAUGUUGACAAUGCGUCUAUGCAGCUUGUUCGAAAUCCUAAACAGUUUGACGUGAUUGUAACAAACAAUAUGUUUGGGGAUAUUCUUUCUGACGAAGCAUCAAUGAUUACUGGAAGCAUCGGGAUGCUACCAUCUGCAAGCCUAGGCGAAUCGGGACCGGGAUUAUUUGAACCGAUACACGGCUCCGCUCCUGACAUUGCCGGUCAGGACAAAGCGAAUCCAUUGGCAACGUUGCUUAGCGCCGCGAUGCUUUUAAAGUACGGGCUGGGUGAGGAGAAGGCUGCCGAGCGAAUCGAAGCAGCUGUCUUGGACAUUCUAGAUAGAGGAUAUCGCACUGGCGACAUAUUCUCUGCCGGGAUGAAUCUAGUGGGGUGCAAGAAAGUGGGCGAACUAGUGUUCGAAUCCAUCGAACAAAAAGCUACUGCUGCUGCGUGAAACAGAUCCUGCCAAUACAUACGCGAACUUGUGUUAUGUAUAUCCACAUGAGAGUCGGGAUUGAGGGCGUGGCAGGAAAUCGGGUACCUUGAAGAACUUGCGUUUUUGUAUUAUUGAACUCUCUUAAAUUUUAUGUUCUAGCUGGCUGAGGUUGAUAUAUUUUCGACUGCAUCUUUUGAGGCCAGCUAUGUCAAUCGAUCGCGGGCUGAAUUUAUUUUAAAUAAAUAAAGGAAAAUAUUUAAACUAUUUUCUAAAUUUUAUUAUUAGCAAUGUUUAGGUAAUACUAGUAUAGAUUUAGGAUUGUGCGUGACAAAUGAACAUUGAUGAUUGUGUGAUUAUUUGUUUCUAUUGUGUCGACUUUUGCUCAUAUUAUAGGUUCUUCGGAUU